AUGGCUCAGUGUCCACUCUCAUCAGAAUUCGAUAUCAUUUUUGCUGGAGGCGGUGCUACAGCUUGUGUUGUAGCAGGUCGCCUAGCUGCAUGCGAUUCCUCUCUCAAGAUCUUGAUUUUGGAAGCGGGCGAACACACCCUCAAUGAACCUGCUCAUGUUCAACCCUAUCAAUAUAUCACCCAUCACGCGCCUACGAGUACAACUCUGACAUCCAAUGUUGGAAAUCCUACUCCGCGUCUCAAUGGUCGUGCACCAAUCGUUCACUGCGGUCAUUGCGUUGGUGGAGGCUCAAGUGUGAAUUUCAUGGUAUACACUCGUGCGCCUGCCUCAGAUUUCGAUGAUUGGGAAGUCGAUGGUUGGGGAUCUGAGAAUUUAAUUCCUCUCAUGAAGAAGCUGGAGACAUACGAGGUGCAGCCCGAUCGUCCAACUCACGGGUACAAUGGACCUAUCAAGGUGUCCUCUGGUGGGCGCAAACUAGGUAUCAGUGAAGAGUUCGUCCAUGUCGGCACGACCUAUCACAAGAGGUCAUACGCCGAUGACACGGAUGAUCUAGAAACAUGCAACACAUACAGCCCGUGGGCGAAGUAUAUUGACGGGACAACUGGAAGGCGUUCUGACGCGGCACACUUGUACAUCUACAACCAAGCUCACAACCCGAAUUUACAACUCUGGGUGGGCAAGCGCGUGAAGCGUAUCAUAUUCGAGGGAAAACGUGCUGUAGGCGUCGAGUUCACCAGCGACACAGUGUCUUGCCCAGGCGCGGACCAGUUGUCGAACAUUGCGAGAGCAUCGAAGCUUGUUGUUGUCUCUGCUGGCGCAUUCGGUUCUCCGGCCAUUCUCGAGAGGUCUGGGAUCGGUGCCGAUGCGGUCCUCAAGCGGUGUGGCAUCAAGCAACUGGUGAACUUGCCUGGCGUUGGAGAAAAUUAUCGAGAUCACAAUGGUGCUAUCGUUCCAUAUUUCGCUGGUGACGGGGUUGUUACCAUGGACUCCCUCUGGCGUGGGGAGGAGAGUGUUGUACAGGAAAGCGUUGCGCGAUGGAAAAGUGAUGGCAAGUCACUCAUUGCCCAAAAUGGAAUUGAUGUCAAAAUCAAGUGGCGUCCUGAUGAUGACGAGCUGAAAGCCAUGGGUUCAACUUUUCAAACACGAUGGAAGGAGUUCUUCCAGGACCGUCCCAGACAAGGCUGUUGCCAUAUUCGCCCCCAUGGCCGGGUGUCUAGAUAUGCUCCACUCUCGAGUGACUUUCCUCCUCGCAAUUACCUGGGUGCUGGCUAUUUUACACUUUACCCCACGUCUGUUGGCAGCGUUCAUAUCAAGUUGGGAGACAACGGCAAGGAAGAGCUCGACUUCACUACGGGCUACCUCGACGAUCCAUCCGAUAUCGUACCUCUUAACUUUGGGUACAAAAAGAUGCGCGAAAUCUUUCGACGCAUGCCUUCCUACCGAGGCGAAGUCCACACCGGUCAUCCUCGUUUCCCAAAGGGAAGCGCUGCAGUGUGCAGAGAAGCGUCUGGGCCAGUGGACUUGAAUGGUCCUGACAUCAUCUACACUGCUGAAGAUGACGAGGCGAUCGAUAGAUUUCAUCGUGAUAACAUGCAAACGUCGUGGCACUCGCUCGGGACUUGCGCAAUGAAGCCGGAGGCGGAUCAAGGAGUCGUCGACGCUCGGUUGAACGUGUACGGCGUGACGAAUCUCAAGGUUGCAGAUAUGUCUAUCGCACCUAAAAAUGUCGGCACGAAUACGUAUUCGACGGCUCUCCUCAUUGGAGAGAAGGCUGCAAUAAUUAUUGCUGAAGACUUGGGUAUGCAUUGUAGACUAUGUACGUGGUGA